UAGUCCGUUUUCUAUUUAAACGAGUUGGUCUUACCGUUGUCUUCAUUCAGCUAAUUGAUUUAUAGGGAUAGAUUAUUUGGAAGUUUCACACGAAUUUAGAAGAGUAAACAAUGGUGUUGAAAACAUUGUUACUUGCAUAUUUAUUGCAUCUACUACCUUAUACGCAUGGAUGGUCUAUCGUGACAUCACGUCCAGUGGUGGUGGAGCCGGAGCCAGAGGCGAGGCUGAUGAGUUUUGAAGACAUUUAUAGCCAGAAGGACACCUUUAGACUGAAUGAUGAGGAAAUGGGAUUAACAGCUCUUAAAGACAAGAAACUGGUAUCCUGCUUCGUGAACGAUUAUGAUCCGUAUUGGCUACCCGGGCCUUCGGAUAAACUAUAUAUUAUCAGAAAUCAGCCUUGCGAUAAAGUCAACAAGAACACAGACUUUACAACUUUAAAGAUGAAAGCAGGCUCAAAAAUUGCUAGCAUGUGUAGAGAUUUAUACGUGUUUUGGCUUGCCGCCCGCAAUAUGGGACCUCCCCCGUUACCUGGUAUGUUUCCGCAGCAACAGUCAAGGGACUGUCCUUACGACGAUGACUUACUCGCACCGCCAAUGUUAGAGGACGGCGCUCCACCAAUGAUUCAUGACGGCGCACCGCCAAUGAUAGGGGACGGCGCUCCGCCAAUGAUACAUGACGGCGCACCGCCAAUGAAAAGGGACGGCGCUCCGCCAGUGAUACAUGAUGACGCUCCACUAAUGAUGCAAGAGAGCGCAUCACGAACGUCAAAUGACGGGGCAGCACCAAUGUUAGAUGACGGCGCACCACCAAUGUUGCGUGAAGGAGCCCCCCCAAUGUCACGUGACGAAGAACCACCAAUGAUAGAUGACGGCGCACCACCAAUGUUACAAAGUGGCGUACAACCUAUGUUUAAUGACGGCGAAAUGAGACCGCCCUUGAUUGAAAAAUCACAUUCGAGGCGGGACUUAGACGCCCCUCCUUCUCUAGCGGCCGUAUUGAAAAAGAUGAUGAAAAAAAACAAAGAAACAGAUAUCGUUGCACCUCCAGCACAGGACAUGAAAACACCACCGCCUCCAAAUCAAUUUCGUAGGAAUAUUUGACGAUAUUUCUUUAAAUUUUAUAAACAGUAUUAUAUGUGAAUUCCAGACUCUUUGGUGUUUUCAAAGUAUGUAUUGCCAUUUUGUUCGGACAAAGUUGCCAAUUUUUCAUUGCUUACAAUUACGAUAAUUUAUUUACAUGGUUUGUGUAACCGUUCUGACAGGUUUUCAAAUAAAUCGACUGUUGAACGUGAGUUGACCUUAUUUGUGAAGUCAAUGAGUAAAAUUGUGCAUAAGUAUGGUAUGUGAAAGUUGUAUAUUUUUACAGUUUUUGAUUGCAUUUGUUGAUUUUUGUUUGUUAUUGAAGACAUAUGAUAUCGAUCUUGUGCGGGUGUUCUGUUGUGUUGAUUCGUUGUAACUGAAUAAGUGUAUAAUUUUGUUGUUGUUAUAUUUUCUGUUAAAUAAAUCUA